AUGUCGGGAAGACUUCAGAGAGAAGCAACAAAAAGGAAAACAAUUCCACAGCCAACUUAUGACUCUUAUCCAACAAAAAAGAUGUCUUCACGCGAUAUUAGCGAUUCUGCUCAGAGAUUAUCGAGAGCACCACAAAAAUAUUCUUCUCUAAGGCCAGCAAAGACAACUGGGCAAGAUAGCUUUGCAGCAAGCUAUUUCUCAAAUAAUCCUGAUCAUGUUCCAGAUAAAAGAUCACCGCAAGAAAAACUCGAUGAAAUUCAAAUUCGUUUAGAUAAUCAUGGAAUCGAUGAUAACGAAAGAUUUAAUUUGUUAAUACAACGAAAAUCUCUCUGCAUGCUUGCUUAUGGCGAAAACUCUCAGGAAUCUCUUCAAGCAUUAAUAGAUCUUGGAAAAUUCUACAACGAACAAAACAGACCAGAAAGCGCUCUUAGGAAUCUUUCCAAAGCACUUUCAAUAUCCAAAUCUAUUGAUGUUGAUAGUGAUUCUGGACUUGCGCUUGCAAUUGAGCUUGCAACAGCAAAUCUUGACUCCAAAGCACUUAACAAAACAGAACAAUCACGUCAGCUUUCUAAUGCUGAAUCAAUUAUGAAGCCAUAUCAAGAUAUCGAAUCAGAUGAUAAAUUACUUCUAUACAGACGCGAUUUAGUUAUCGCGAGAAUGUACUGCCAUAGACAGAAUUACAAAGCUGCUAUGGAAAGAUAUCAAACUGCUUGGGAUAACCUUGAUCAAGCAAAUAACGGUUCUCCAACACCAGAAACGGCCACUCUCUUCGAUGAAAUGGGUGAUGCUGCCACCAAGAUGGGCGAUAAGAGCAAGGCUAAUGACUACUAUCAGAAUGCUUAUGAAACAUUCUGCUCUCUCGACAUGCAAGAGUCAGCUGAGCUGAUUGCAAAGAAGUUAGACCAUGUCCCGGUACAGAGGAAUUAUGAUAAUCAAAGUGAAAAGGAGGAAGACAAUAAAUCAUCCUCUUCUUCGUCAUCUUCAUCUUCAUCAAGUUCUAAAAAGCGUAAGAAUAGUUCAACAUCAUCAGCAACACGUAAAUCGAAGCACAAGCAUUCAAAGAAGGAAUCCUCUGAUUAUUCAUCAUUUUAA